AUGCAAAGCUCAUUUAUUCCAAAACAGNCUAUCGAGCGUCUCUCGCAAGUCACAACUCACCUAAAGUCGUCCGAAGUCGACUUGGCCCCGAACCGCGAUGCCAUACUCAAGAAGAGCCCCGAUGAUAUCGUCGUGACAGCCUGUCUGCGUACGCCUCUGACAAAAGGAGGCAAAGGAGGCUUCAAAGACACACCUGCCGCAGAUCUCCUCCACGGAGCUUUCAAAGCACUGAUUGAGCGAUCAAAGAUCGACCCCUCGCUGGUCGAAGAUAUCGCUGUGGGAUCAGUGCUGCCGCCAGGAGGUGGCGCAACUGAGUUCCGUGCUGCGGCUUUGGCGGCUGGAUUCCCUGAUAGCACUAGUGUGCACUCGCUGAACCGUCAAUGCAGUUCGGGUCUGCAGGCUUGUGUCGAGAUUGCAAACGCUAUCAAGACUGGUAUGAUUGAUAUUGGUAUCGGUGCUGGUGUUGAGAGCAUGAGCAGCCAGUAUGGUCCUGGAGCUGUUACCGAGUUCUCAGAGCUGCUCGAGAACCACAAGGAGGCUGCAAAGUGCAAGAUGGCCAAGGACCGCAACGUCACCCGCAAAGACCAAGACGAGUUUGCCGCAUCCUCAUAUGCCAAAGCCACCGAAGCACAAAAGAAGGGCCUUUUCGACGAGGAAAUCGCUCCCCUCAAAGUCAAGUGGACCGACCCCAAGACCGACGAGACCAAGGAGAUUACCGUCAGCAAGGACGACGGCGUCAGAGAAGGCGUGACAGCCGAAAGCCUCGGCAAGAUUCGUCCUGCCUUUGCCAAAGACGGCUCCAUCCACGGUGGUAAUGCUUCUCAAAUCUCCGACGGCGCUGCUGCAGUGCUGCUGAUGAAGCGUUCUACGGCCGAGAAGCUGGGCCAGCAGAUCCUCGGCAAGUACGUCGCAGCAUCAGUCGUUGGUGUCCCGCCAUUGCUCAUGGGCAUCGGUCCCUGGAAGGCCAUCCCCGUUGUUCUGGAGAAGGCUGGUAUCUCAAAGGAGGAUGUCGAUAUCUGGGAGAUCAACGAGGCUUUUGCUUCGCAGUGUCUGUGGUGUGCCAAAGAGCUGCAGAUUCCGAUGGAGAAGAUCAACCCCAAGGGCGGUGCCAUUGCCUUUGGUCACCCGCUGGGCUGUACUGGUGCCAGACAAGUCAGCACCCUUCUCUACGAGCUAAGGCGAAGAGGAGAGAAAGUUGGUGUGACCAGCAUGUGUGUGGGCACCGGCAUGGGCAUGGCCGCUCUUUGGGUAGCUGAGUAG